AUGUCGUCGCCGUCGACAUUCAGCACUAGCUCGAAUUCGGCGUCGAGCGCGACCGCGGCAGGGGAUGCAGGACCGUCCGACACGGACGUGUUGCGGUAUGUCGCCACCCAGGCCGUUGCCACCGGAUCGUUGGGCCCGUUCGUGCUCGGCAUGCUGCUCGACAUCUACCUCGGCGGCUUCGCGUUGAGCCUCUUCCUCCGAUAUGUCCGGUCGUCCGCUUGGACGGCCGACGGGUGGCGCCUGCGCUUGUUGCUCCUGAGCGCGAUGGCGCUCAGCUUGAUCGACAUUGGGUCCAACUACUGGAGCACAUGGCAUUACAUGACCAGUCAAGAACGGUCCACGGACGUUUUGUACAGUCAGGUGAGCUCGCGCUUAGCUCCGUGGGCGAUUGUUUUUCCGCUUUCGACGCCGAUUUCGUCACUUUACCCGAGCGGCCCGCUCGAGUUCGGCGAGCACCAAUGGAAUUUGCCGCUUGCUCCUAACUACUUCCUUGAGCCGAGGAGAGCAGUCGGCUGACGGUAUCCUCUCCCUUCAAACUUGUGGCUUUGUCUCGGAAAUACAGACGAUUGUCGACGCAUUCUCCCUCGUUCCGGUCGGCUUGGUGGGGUCCAUGAUCCAACUCUACCUCGCUCGGCGCGCUAGCUCGGUCAGUCGCAGAUUUCAACUCGAGCGCGGCGUUUGUGCUCACCCACGCUCACUAAACAAGCUCCUCCCCAACCCAACUUUGAAUUCACAGCUCUUCACGAACCGAUUCGCGCGAAUCGCCUACAUGACCUUUAUCGGCCUCUGCGUCGCGAUGAACUUCGUCGCCGUUCUACUCUACACGAUCCUGUCGUUCCUUUCUCGUAGCAAAGGAACGGAGGCGAUCGGACCAUUCGACUUCAACAAGAGCAUGGGAACGUACUGUUGGGCCACGUGUGCCGUCGAUCUCACCAUCACGGUCGCGCUCAUCAAUCAGUACCGAGCGCGCAUGGUCGGUGACAAGAAAUCGAGGACCGAUUCGGUCAUGCGCCGCCUCAUCAAGCUCGCGAUCCACAGCGCGAUGUACACCAGUACCUUUGCUCUGAUCGGCGCCAUUCUCGAUUUCUCCUUCGCUUUCUCCGAUACGCGUAGGAACAGCACACUCGCGUUCCAAAUUCCACUCUGUUCGAUGUACCUCAUCUCGCUGCUCGUCAACCUCGACUCGCGGGCGCACCUUCGAGAACUCUUCGCCGCAACGCCGACGCUCGGACUCCCCAUCCACAACGGAAUCGAUAGUCGCGAUACGAAGGAAGGAGGACUGCCUUCGUUCGUGUCGGGUCAACCGAGCCCGAUCAUGCGUCGACCUCCGACCUCUUCGCAUACGAGUCACGAUAGCGGCAAGAUCGAUAUGGAGCCGGACGCGACCCCGCCGAUAGGGCUCCACGUGAUCCGUUCGACCUCGCCCCAUCUCAACACCCACGGUCUCGUAUGA